AUGGCCGGUCCAACCUCCAAGCUGGCGGUCGCCAAAGAAGACAGUGCAGCCAAUUUACGGCUCCAAGAAGCCGAACAGAUUUACGGACGAGGCAAAGGUGUCAAUGCAAAGAGUGCACGAGACAAGAAGCUGCGCGCAAACCUGAAGAAGCAGGAAUUCAAGCACAAAGAGGCUGUCCUCCAGGCCAAGGAUGCUGAAAUUCUUCUCGAGCACACCGAAGGUUUCCUUGAGCCCGAGCACGAACUCGAAAAGACAUACAAGGUUCGCCAAGAUGAGAUUCGGGAAAGUGUCGGAAUCGAGACAGCGAAGAAGGGAUUCGAGCUCAAGCUCCCGGAUAUGGGACCAUACCGAAUGGACUACACUCGCAACGGUCGUGAUCUGCUGCUAGCGGGACGGAAGGGACAUGUCGCAACAAUGGACUGGCGCGAGGGUAAACUGGGCUGCGAGUUGCACUUGAAUGAGACUGUGCGGGAUGCACGCUGGCUGCAUAACAACCAAUUCUUUGCCGUCGCGCAGAAGAAGCACACUUAUAUCUACGAUCACCAGGGUACUGAGUUGCAUUGUCUGAGCAAGCACCUUGAGCCUCUUUUCCUGGAGUUCUUGCCCUACCACUUCCUUCUUGCGAGCGCUCAAAUGAGCGGCCAUCUCAAGUAUACCGAUACCUCAACCGGUCAAAUCGUCGCUGAGCUUCCGACUCGCCUAGGCAAGCCGACUGCUCUCGCCCAGAACCCGUGGAAUGCCAUCCUUCACGUUGGACACCAGAACGGCGCUGUCACGCUAUGGUCACCUAACUCUCAAACCCCUCUCGUGAAGGCUCUUGUUCACCAGGGACCAGUUCGGUCUAUGGCCAUGGAUCGUCAAGGCCGUUACAUGGUCUCCACCGGCCAAGACCAGAAGAUGAGCGUGUGGGAUAUCCGCAUGUACCGCGAAGUUCACCAGUACUCUUGCUACCAACCCGGUGCAUCUGUAUCUAUCAGUGACCGUGGUCUGACCGCAGUGGGUUGGGGAACGCAAAUGAGCGUAUGGCGAGGCCUAUUCGAUGCCGCCGCCGCAGAUGAAGGCAAGGUUCAAAGCCCUUACAUGGCGUGGGGUGGUGAUGGCCAGCGUAUCGAGAAUGUGCGCUGGUGCCCAUACGAAGAUAUUCUUGGUGUGGGACAUGAUCAAGGAUUUGCCAGCGUUCUCGUUCCCGGUGCCGGUGAACCCAACUUCGAUUCUCUGGAAGCCAACCCGUACGAGAAUGUGCGCCAGCGCCAAGAGCACGAGGUUCACUCGCUGCUCACCAAGUUGCAGCCGGAUAUGAUCUCGCUCGAUCCCAAUGUUAUCGGAAAGCUCGAUACGAUCAGCGACCAGAAGUACCAGCAGCAGCGCAGACCGGAUGAGAAACCCGAGGAUACCAUGGAUAAGAUCAAGAACCGUGGUCGUGGUCGCAACAGUGCUUUGCGCAAGUACCUGCGCAAGAAGGGUGGCAAGAAUGUUAUUGACGAGAAGCGUCUCAAGGCUGAGACUCUGCGCAAGGAACAUGCUGCCCGCCACAAGGAGAGGCUCAAGGCAGAGCGCAAUGAUCUGGGACCUGCUUUGUCUCGGUUUGCCAAAUAG